ACGUGAUCGGUCACGUGCUGGUCAGGAGAAGGAGAAGCUUUCCUACCAGCAGCUCGGUGGAAGUGUCACAACACAGCAGGUUGGCCUGGGCCUGGAGGAGAGGACUGCUGCCGGGUCCCCUCACACAUCUGUCGGUGAAAAUGUCAGCCAGGAACCCCGGAACUGACCUCGACCUGGAAUGGUUGUCCAAAGUGAGGGUGAACACUCAGGCUGUGCUGAAGAGGGCUCAGCACAUCCAAGGCCUAAAGCUCCCCAAGAAGCAGUGGCAGACGGCCUGGCUGCUGAAGGCGGCUUCCUGCAUCGAUUUGACGACGCUGGCUGGAGAUGACACGCCGUCCAACGUUCAUCGCCUGUGUGUGAAAGCCAUCCAGCCAGUUCGAUACGACCUGCUCAGGAGGAUGGACAUGCACGACAAAGGGUUAACCACAGCAGCAGUCUGUGUGUAUCCCUCUCGGGUGGCCGACGCUGUCAGAUCACUAAAGGCAGCUAACUCCAUCCUACCUGUUGCCUCAGUUGCCACUGGUUUUCCAGCUGGGCAGACACCCCUGGAGACCCGGCUGCAGGAGGUUUGUAUGGCGGUGAGAGACGGAGCUACAGAGAUUGAUAUUGUCAUCAACAGGACGCUGGCUCUGACAGGACAGUGGGAAGCCAUGUACAGAGAGAUUGUCCAGUUUCGAGAGGCCUGUGGUGACGCCCACAUGAAGACCAUUCUGGCCACUGGAGACCUGGGAACCUUCACCAACAUCUACAAAGCCAGCAUGGUGGCCAUGAUGGGGGGUUCAGACUUCAUCAAGACCUCUACAGGGAAGGAAGCUGUUAAUGCUACUUAUCCUGUUGCCAUAGUGAUGAUGAGAGCUAUCCGUGACUACUUCUUGCGCACUGGCCACAAGGUGGGCUUUAAGCCAGCAGGGGGAAUCCGGACAGCCCAGGAAGCCCUGGUGUGGCUCACACUGAUCAAAGAAGAACUUGGUAAAGAUUGGCUCUGCCCACAUCUUUUCCGCCUGGGAGCGAGCAGCCUAUUGGCUGACAUCGAGAGACAGGGACGGGACACAACGGUGAUGAAAGGCUGCCUGCAGCAGACUUCACGCUGGGUUUCCUGUGCCACCAUCUACACUGACCUUGACCCACCAGCUCUUCUGUGGCCUCCGGUUCUUCAGGGGAAAAAGGGUUGGAUGAUGAGGCUGGGCGACAGCCUCAUCGAUUAGCUGUCCCCAGGGCUGAUCUAUGGCUAACUGCUUACAGGACGAAUCCUCAUAUCUGGCGCCUCCACCCUGUCCUCUAUCGCCUCAAUAUGCUCUCUGUGUUUGGAUUUAAGAAUGCAGGAGUUCAACUUUUAAUGCUGAGAUAGAGGAUGCUCAGAUUCUGGACAAUUUAAAGGCAAAAGUAGCAGAUAUGAAAAAUAAGCCCACUGUACAUUAUAAUUUUAACAAAUAUGAGUCAUCCAUCCUAAUGUUAUGAAUAAAGUGGGGAAAAGGAAGAAAAAAUUGCAUCUCUUCUGCACAAGAAAUGAAACAUAAUUGUUGAAGCUUUUCCUUUUCUCUUCUAUUGGAAUCUGGUUUAUCUGAAAUAGUUUCCUCUACAGGGUGCCAGCAGAAGGAAGCAUGAUAGCUUUAACAGCUAAUAAAUAAAUGUUAAGAUUCUUAUGCAAUGCUUAACUGGUGGAAGAACAGUUGAUGAAAUCAGGUAAAUAACAUAAGGCUUCCAUUACACAUUUGAAAACCUUACAUGUUCAUUCAAAUACCUGUCAACACUAAAUAAAUUGGGUCUGUCAUUUCAUAUUGUUUAUAUUCUAUUGUUUCUGUUUUCUUAACAGUAUUGAUUUCUUGUCUUCUUGAUGCGUCAGGUUCUGACGAGUGCAGUCUUAUCUCCUUACCAACUGUGUGUCUUACACACUUGUAUUACUUUUAUAAAAUCAUUACCUGGGGACUACAGGUAAAAAAUAGCCUUUUGGCUAAUUUUGGCUUUUUAAACUCAUGAACUAUCGCAGCUUUUAUUCAAUUACACUGGCCCUUUAUCCCCUUUCAAAUAAAUAAAGCACAUCAUAUCAAGAA